ACGGUGACCGCGACCCCACUCUGCUCUGCGAUCGCAGGGGCAUCGGGUCCGUUCGCGCCUGCUUCCGCCGCCGUCUCCGGUGUCGCCUCCGUCGCUGCGGGAGCCGCUGCCUCCGCUCGUCCCGUCAUCUCUGGCGCCGCCGCCUUUGCAGGCGGGGCUUUCUCCUCAUUGGCCCCAGUGCCCUCCGCUGCCGCGUCCGGCGCCGUUUCGGCCGUUUCGGCCGUCGUAUCCUCGUUGGCUGCGGCCCCGUCUGCAGCCAAUAGUGCUGCUAGCGCCGCGGUGUCGGGCACGGCUGCGGCGACCGCGAACCUUGUUGCUGCGGCGGAGACGGGUACGACGCGUUUGGUCAGCAUCAUCAACCUCAUCCCGACAGUUCCGUUUGCAGCUGCUGGCAUGACCCCGGCGUUCCUGCAACAGACUCAGGCUCAGGUGCAAGCGCUCGUUGCCGCUCUCGACGCUAUCGCCACGUUCCCUACUCCGCUUAACAGCGGACAAGUCGGUCAGGUGAACAGCCACCUGACCACGCUGCAGAACAAUCUGGCCCGUGUGAUCACGUCGGGCACUACUGUUCCGACUGCAGUCAAGUCGGCGUUGCAGCCGCUGGGUCCUGCGCUCACUCGCGUCGCGCCUUCUCUGGGCGCUUCCACGUCCGCUACUGUGAUUGUCCAAUUGAUCGCUGCGUGGAGCAAGUGAGAGUGUCGGCUUUAUCGACUCAACUCACAACUCUGGGCAUGAGUCACUAAAGGAACAUUUUUUGUUGAUGUAAAUUACUCUGGCGUGUAUCGUUUGGUCGUGUUAACGGCGAAGCAAUUCAAUUUCCUGUAUCUUAUUCUCGAAGAAGUUGGACUCGUGGUACAACAAUCUUCGCAUAGUCUUAUCAGUCCAAUAUCUCGUCGGUGUUUUCGGACUCGCGCUCAGUUUGGCAGAACGUGAGUGGCCACUUGGCUCAGCUUGUUACCAGGACCGGGUCAUUACCCA